AUGGACAGGAAGGACUCGUGGAGCGCCGAGGAGGACGCCAAGCUGACAACCAUGGUCCAGAAGUACGGGGCGGAGCGCUGGAGCCCGGCCGUGGACCGCCGCCCCUUCACCGCCGAGGAGCACACCCUCAUCGCCAACGCGCAGUCACUCCGCGACAACAUGUGGGUCGACAUCGCUUGCGGCCUCAACAGCGGCCGCACCGACAACUCCGUCAAGAACCACUGGAACUCCAACCACCGCAAAUCCCAGCACGAAGUUUGGGGAAAAGGAAAAGCGGUGGUGAUUGACUUGGAAGAUGACCAGGUGGAAGCCGACGUCAAGGUCCACAACGAGCUGCCGCCGGCCAAGCGGCAACGCGUGAGUAACGGAGGAGGCUCUGCUGCCAGUGGUGGUGGGGACGAUGAUGCGUGGCUCACGCUUAGCCUGGGCUUGCCCCAGCAGCCCGUGCCCAAGCAAGAACCAAUGGUGCCAGUGGCAACAGAGGCGCCGAUCAUGGCGGCGAUGCGGGAGAUGGUGAGGGAGGAGGUGGAUUUGCAGGUAGCGCAGCUCGCGUCCUCGGUCUUCAUGGGCGCCUUUGCUGGCGCCGCCCGUCGCCUCUAG